AGCGGAGAGAGUGGGCACUACAGUCGAAAAGGAAUUUAUUACUGGUGACUUCUGUGUACCACAGGCGGAACCCUCAUGUCCACAGGGUAUUUGUCAAUGGCGAUCUUUGGAUAUGUCAGUGAUUUGUUUUUUUUUUAUUGGGUUCAGAUUUGCGAGAGGUUAGGAUGACGGGUUUUGCCGGUUGUUUUCGAAUGUUUUGAGCGAUUUUGGAGCAGCCAAAAUUGGAUUUGUGGAAAAAAUUUGGUAUUCUUGGGUUGUGCAGUGAUAUCGAUUUUUCAGGCCUUGGUGGGAAAUAUUUAAUUUUUUUGUGAAGGUUCAUCAAACAAUUGUUACCAACCCUGUCGAGGACAAUUCCAAGUGAAAGACUGAUUUUAAGAAACUCCAAGGCCGAAGUAAUUUCAAAAUGAAGCGACCGUCUAACCUUCUGAUUCGUGCCCUCACAACGUCUCGUCGAUACUUCCACCAUCAAACCACAAGAACUGUGUCAACAAAUCCACCUCUACCCCCUCGCCGCCUCCUGGAGCACCUCCGAACGCGUUCUCUCGUUUCCCUAAAGGGCCCAGACACCUCAGACUUCCUCCAGGGUCUGAUCACCAACGACAUGCGCCAUUUCACCGAAGGUGUUCCCAACAUGUACUCCCUCUUCUUGAAUACAAAAGGCCGAGUCCUCUACGACACGAUAAUUUACAAAUCCCCAGUGGAGGAGGUUUACCUGCUGGAGGUCGAUGCCUCCAUCACGACGGACCUGCAGCGGCACCUGAAAAUGUACAAAAUCAGGAAGAAGGUUGAAAUAACGUCCCUGGGGGAGUCGAUGAAAGUGUGGGCAGCUUUUGUAACAGAUUUCGAUCCUGAGAACAUGAAGAAUCUCGAGAAAUCGAAGCUCGAGGGGAGAAUUUUGCCCUGUGGUCCAUUGAAGGGUGGUCAGGGUGAAGUAAUGGACAAUGUGAUGAUGUUUAAGGACCCGAGGAUACCCUCUCUAGGGAUGAGGGUCCUCGGGGAUGAGAGUGUCUCUGGGGAGGAGAUCGCAAGAAGACUGGGGCUUGAACGAAAUGGCGAACGAGAACUCGUAAAACGAAGAGUCCUUGAGAAAUUAGGAAUCGAAGACGGUGGAGACAUCUCCGAGGACGAAAUUCUGGAGAAACUAGGACUUAAGGGAGUUAAAGACGACGAGAACGUCCUGAAUCAAGAGAUUUUCAAGACAUUGGGACUCGAUUUGAAGAUUAGGGACGACGAAACCAUCUCCAAGCAGGAGAUUUUGAAAAAACUGGGGUUUGGGGAUGAAGAAAUGAAUUACAGAGAAUUCAGAUAUCGUCUGGGGAUAGGAGAAGGGAUGCAGGAUCUUCCUCCUGGGAAAGCCUUCCCCCUGGAGGUGAAUUGCGAUUAUCUGCAUGGGGUGAGCUUUCACAAGGGCUGUUACAUUGGGCAAGAGCUCACUGCGAGGACUCACCACACUGGAGUCGUCAGGAAGAGACUUAUGCCUUUAGUUUUUGAGGGUACUCCUGCGGGGAGGAUUGAGGUUGACGAGAAUAUUCUCGACGGAGGGGGAAAGGCUGUGGGCAAGCUGAAGGGGAUACAGGGGAAGUUCGGACUAGGGUUGAUGAGAAUUGCUGAGGCUGUUGGGGGUGGGGAGCUGAGGGUCGGGGGAAUCGGGGUCAAGGUGGUGAAACCCUGCUGGUGGCCCGUGGACAGUCCUAAGGAGAAGAUGAGUGUUAAUUGAUGUGGUGGGGCGGUGGAGUUACCAAGAAAUAUGUUCUCGUCACAGAAAUUUUAUUGAUUUGAUUGAAUAUUCAAUAAUUUGCAGUAAUUUAUUUAAUUCAGUGCAGUACAAUUAAUUUGAGUGAUUAUGAAAAUGACGGCGACUCUCAUAAUGAAUUAAAAAUUGAAUGCUUAAUUUUUAAUUCAAUUGAUAGUUCAAAUGAUAAGGGAAAUCGUCAAGAUAACUUCAGGAUAUCUGUUGACACGUCAAAUCACCAGCAUCGACAAAUCGUAUUCCAGAACAAAGCGAAAGACGAAGAAAACUGUUCAUAUGUAGAAAAUUGUAUUUAAUUAAUUCAUAAGAAAAACAACAAUGAGUACAGCAAAUACCAAUAAUGAAUUGUAUAAUAAAA